AUGUCGCAAGCCUACGAGCGCGAGCAACAGAACAACUCUAGACUGGACGAGCUGGCCUCUAAAGUCUCGGCACUUCGAGGCGUCACAAUAGACAUCUACGACAACGCACGCGAUCAACAUGUCAUCGACAGCACAGUACGUCCCCCUAGACCCAACGUCAAGAACAUAUCUACAUUCCUACGAGCUUGA